AUGACAUUUACAGCAGAUAAAAUUGAUGAUAAUGGCCUUUGGCUAGGCGAUAUAACUGCAUCGGAAAAUACACAAGCUCUCGAUGAACAUCGAAUUUCUCAUAUUUUAACUAUUCUUGAUUAUGAACCAACUCAUAUGGAUAAAAAUCGAACAUAUUUAUACGUUCAUGCCUACGAUAUACAAUCAACAGAUUUACUAACAUAUGAAUUUAAAAAAUGUUUUGAAUUUAUUGAUACAGCUAUAGAACACAACCAUCAAGUAUUGAUCCAUUGUCAAGCAGGUAAAUCACGUUCAGCAACAAUUGCUGCUAUGUAUUUAAUGCAUAAAUAUUCUUUAACACGUGAACAAGCAAUUCAAAAAAUUAUCAAUAAACGACGCUAUUGGCCAGUGAUGCCAAAUGAUGGAUUUCUACGACAACUUGAUUUAUAUUAUCAAAUGAAUUAUAAAGUUGAUAUUGAAAAUGAACUUUAUAAAGAAUUUCAACGUCAAAGAUUCGAUAGAAUUGAACCAAUUUCAACAAACAACAUUAGCAACACGAAUAGAUCAAUUUUAUUGCUAGAAAAUGAAAACGACCGACAGUAUACAUGUCGAACGUGUCAUUUUAAAUUAUUUACUAAUAACGAUAUUGAACGACAUGAAAAAGAGCCAACUAUUAUUUGUAAUGAUAUUGAAAAAAUUUUCACGUAUUUUCUUGAUUGGAUUGAUGAUAUCUUUGCAAACUCUGUUGGUACAAUAUGUUGUCCAAGUUGUAAAAUUAAUUUAGGUGAAUAUUCACUACAGGGUAUACGAUGUAAUUGUCAUCAAUGGAUAAAGCCUGCUUUUGUAUUUAACUGUCAAUCGAUCGAAUAA